AUGAGAUGCCUGCAGCGAAAUAAGGCUACACCUGAAACGUUGUCCAUGUUCUUCGUCUGCGCCUGCCGUUGCUACAAUAUUCCUGCCCGACUGGUUGUAGGAGUUCUUGACCCUGAAAAUGCAAUUACUCUAUUCGCGGAGUCGUUCUACGCUAACGAAGGUUCAUGGAAACGUGUGGACUUUCGGACUGCGACCUACGAUACCAACAAGUACGAACCCAAGAAGAGUUCCUCUCCGCAGAAUCGUGAACGUGAAGCUAGAUAUACAGCACCUGCGAAAUCUGAGUAUAUGGGAUAUCUAUAUAUCCAACGUGAUAAUAAGAUUUUUGUAUAUAAGAAAGGCGACGCAUUGUCCGUAGUGGCAAUAUUGGUGUUACGUAGCGUCCCCGUCGGAAGGGCAUUACUGAAUACGUCCGAAUUUCCUUUCGAGGAGGAAGAAUUAAGGAAACGACUUGUAGAGGACAAGAAUAAACCUACUGCCAAGGAAGCUUCACGUGAAUAUAUCUACGUAUUCGGUUGCAAUAAGGAUGGUUGGGUGUCUGAACUCACCCCAAAAUAUGUUGAACGAUACAAUGAUAUAUGUAUAAAAAGAGGAAAACUGCUACACGAAUGGUUGAAACUGACUAUAGAACGUCUAAACGAGCCUCUUAGAACAAGUUCGACAUCUACCUUGACUUCAUUGCUGGAACGUGCCGAAGCCAAAUGGAUGGAAACACGGGUUAAUAACGAUCCACUACCUACAGCUAAAGUGAAAUUCAAGAAUCAUCCUAUAUAUAUACUGGCGUCACAGGUAAACAUAAUUAUUCUGAAAAUAGCUAUCACAAAUCAGAUUGGUAAUAACCGUAUUCGGAAAAAAGAUGCGUCUCCUGUUGCUUUCCUUAAAGGCGAAGAGGUGUAUUUACGUAGCGAUUUCGAGGAACUGAAGACUGCUGGAGCUUGGAGGAAGUUAAAUAGACGUGUCCUGGAGGAUGCACAACCAGUUACGACACGACGCAUGUACAAUAAAAUCACACGUAUGUACAUCAAUGUCAGCCUGUUCAAGGAAAGUCAAACGGAACUCAUUCCGCAGGAAGAAGCACAGGAUGGUUCAAUACCAACUACAGCAUAUGACAAUGUUGAUGUCACCGGACAGCGCUUCUUACCACAAGGUACCAUAUAUUUAAGGUCCAGAAGACCUGAGCUAUUAUUUCGCGCCGCUAAAGCUUUGAAAUUAUAUUACAAACCUGCCUUUUCGACAUAUCUGCAAACAGAUGUUUUCAAACCGGAUAUAGAUGGCAUUGUAAUACGAAAAGGUGAUUUGGCUCCGCUGCUGCAUAAAUACGAAGCACUAGCUUUGGAAGAAGCUAAACGGGAUCUAGAGAGAAGAAAGGAUUCAUAUCGCAAUUUUUGGCGCAGCGUCUUCAAAACUAUGUUGACUGAGCCACCAUCGGUCGCUCAACAACAUCAUCGUAAAAUACGGAAGGAACUUGGUGAACAUGUGACCAAAUUCCUUAAUCGCCUUGAACAUAUAUCAUAG